AUGACUUCAUCGAUUGCACAACCGGUAAGAAAUCAAAAUCAAAGUGUAUCUUUCAAAAUCAAAGUGUAAUACUUUCAGGCAAGUGAAGGAAAUCCAGAUUUAACCAAACUAAAAUUUUACCAUGGUGUUCAAACAAGAGAAGACACACAAUUAUUAAUGAAAGAUGCAUCGAUUGGAGAAUUUCUAUUACGAACUUCGUUUUUGAAAAAUGAGAUCAAAAUGAUAGUUUAUUUGUGUAUCAAAGUUUGUGAGAAUGAUAUUCAUCACUAUUUAGUCGCAUUUCGAAAUAGCCAGAUUGUUUUGAAACAAGAAACAAUGGAAAAAGAUGGAAUCAAAAAAGUUGUUGAAUCACAUGCAUUUAACACUUUCGAAGAGAUGAUAAAUUACUAUCGAGUAAGUUAUUCACUACUUUUUCGAAUAUUAAUUCUUCUUCACUUCAGGUUCAUCGUCUUGCAUGUGGAAUUCGAUUGGGUCGAUCUGUGAACAGACCAAAAUAUCAACUACGGAAUUCGGAAAUUCAUUACGAAGAAUCUGGCAGACUUGGUUCUGGUAACUUUUGUAUUGUUUAUCGUGGAACAUUGAAACGAGGUGCAAGAAAAGAUGUUGUGGCAAUCAAAGUCUCAAAACAAACAGAACAUCCUGAUCCCGCAAUUGUUAUGGAAACAAAAAAAGAACUAUUCGAUGAAGCUAAAAUAAUGAUAUCAUAUAACCAUGUAAAUGUGAUUAAAUUAUUCGGAUUAGCAUGUGAUUUACCACCAUUUAUGGUUUGUAUGGAAUAUUGUAACGGAGGAAGUUUAGAGAGUCAUUUGUAUAAAAGAGGAAAUGAAAUGGAGGAAUUUGAAAAACAGACUUAUUUGAUUGAUGCUGCAAGAGGAAUGCGCUAUUUACAUACUCAUAAAUGUAUACAUCGUGAUUUGGCAUCAAGAAAUUGUUUAAUAUCGGCUGAAGGGUUUAUCAAAAUUGCUGAUUUUGGAUUAAGUAGAACACUUGGAGCAAAUGAGACCAAAUUUAAAGAAGCAUUGAAAGAGGCACCUCUUGUGUAAGUUAUUAUUUUCAGUAAUUAGGUAAAAGGUUUCAUGUUACAGCUGGUUAGCCCCAGAAUGUAUCCAAAAAGAAUCUGAAUUCUCAACAAAAAGUGAUGUCUGGGCUUUUGGAGUGUUAAUUUAUGAAGUAUAUUUCAAUGGAUUGAAACCAUUUGCCAAUGAAAAAGACACAGGAACAAUAAUCAAAGCGAUUAGAAAAGCAAAUAUGCCAUUGAUUGAAGGAAAAACAAAUGUCCCAAAAAUGGUUGAAUUACACUCUUCAAUUUGGACACGAAGACCAGAAGAUCGUAUAGAUUUCCAAAGAAUAUUAGAACAUCUUGUAUCCGCGUUAGUUCCUGCUGAUUAUUCAAAUAUAAAACGCAUGGAAGUGAAUAAAUUAGAAGGAGUAACGCGGACAAAAAUGCCAAAUACUUGUCUAGAACUAGAACCAGAAAAACAACAAACUAGUGCGGCUGAAUCAUCGUAUGAUAUGAAUCAUGGAAAGAAUAGAAAUAGAGGUAAAAAGAGGAGCAAGGAAGAAAAAUCGUCGACGAGUAAAACAUCGAAAACUCAACAAAGCUCAUAAUCAAAACUGAUAAUACAAGGAAUAAACUAGUUUUCACUGAUAAAGAGAGAUUGAAAAGUUUCGAUGAAAAACAUAAAAAACAAAAAAAAUAAUAAAGGCGCAUGGAAUUAUUUUUUUUUGCGCACAUGUGUAGUUUGAAAAUGUGGUCUCGAAGCGUUUGGCGGGGCGCUGCAAUUAUUUUUUCAAAUUUAAAUGUUUCGCGAAAUUCGAGGUUCGAAUUCGAGGUUUUUUUCGAUCGAUUUUUUCAGUUUUUUCUCUCAAGAAUUACUCGAAGUUUUUUCAGAGACAUCAAUUUGCUGGAAUGCCAAAAUCAAGAGGAAUCGGUAUAGGUUGCAACGAGAUGUCAAUCACUGUUCUUCGUUUUGCUUGCAAGUAGGUUGAUUUUAGUGAAUAAUAACAGGUGAAGCACUUUCAAAUAAUCACCUGCAAAACAAAAUCAUUUCAUUUCAUUUCCUGUAAUUAUGACCACUAAAAUGACAUUAAUAAAUUCAACAAUAUUCGGAGAACCAUUCAAUCAAAGUUUUUAUAGUUCUGAAACAUACUGGUUUUAUAGUAAACCGAGUAGAAAACUACAAGUAUAUAUUGUUGACAGAUCAUGUAUAUUUAUCAAUAAUAUAUCUUUCAUUUGUCUUGCUAUUUUGACAAUUUUUCGAUUUCGAAGAACAAAUGAAAAAUCAUGUCAAAAAACAUUGAUUAGUCAGCUUUAUUAUUUUGUCAAUUUUGUUUUCAUGGAUUGUUAUUUGAAUUGGAUGUUUGAUUUGUGAGUAGUUCUUCAUAUCAUGUUCUGAUAGAUAUAAUUGUUUUCAGUAUUGUCAAAUCGAGUCUAGGAUUAGGGGUAAAUCUUGUCAGAAUAUUUAUCUGGUUUUUACAUUACUCAUUUUUCGAACCUUUCGGAUUUCGUGUUAUUGUUGUCCUCAAUUUUUUGAUAGCUUUUCAGAAAUUUGUUAUUCUAUUUUUUCCGAUGAACAAAAAAUUUGUUACCGGGUUAGUAAGUUUAAUCCACAGUACUCCCAAUGAACUUUUCUGUUUUCGAUAACAACUGAUAACCAAAGUGAAAAAUCACGUAUAAAAUUAUUUUUUUCAAGAAGGUCGAUGAACUUUAUUUUGUUGUGCUUCUGGGGAUUUUUAUUCACAAAUCUCAUAUUUUAUUCUCAAAAAUGCGCAGUGGUUCUUUUCAUAGAUUCACAUGCAUGUAUUGAUUUAAAAUCAACAAUCAUAGCUCAUGUAUGUUUGUAAAAUUGAAUUUCUAUUCAGUUGUAAUUUUUCAGGCGUUCAAUUUUUUCUAUGUCCUUCUUAUAGUUUUCACCGUUUUCAUACAUCUCAAAAUUUAUUCGGUAGUUCAUCGAACAAGACAUAAUACAUUAUUCGUCAUUCAGUUUUUGCCAAUAUCAAUAUAUCAGUUGGUAAGGUAUUCAAAUAUCCUUCUUAUUAUUUAGACCAAUCCAAAUUCAAAAGAUAUUUUAGACAAUAUGAUCAUAUCAUAAAUAAUAAAAAUAAAAAACAAAUAACAAUUACAUAUAAAAGAAUAUUUCUUGUUAUCAUCUGAUUUUUCUCUAGAGGAAAUUCAUUUUGUCUAUUUAAUUAUAAAUAAUAAAACUUCAGAUCUACACGUUAUUCGAUCUGAUUGCAUUAUUUGUCUCAUUUUCUGACAAUCGUGAUCUAAUUAUUUCUCUCAUCGACAUUCUCUAUAUUCCAUUGAAUUUGAAGUAUAAUAUCAUCCCAAUAAUAACAUCUGCAUCAUAUAUUUGUUCAAGUGAAAAUAUCCGAUUUCUGAAUAGUCUAACAACUUAUUUCUAAUCGAAAUUGAGAUGUUUGAUUGGAUCGAUCCAUUUGUUUUACCUCUUGGCUUCUUUUUUUCCAAUUUGUUCAAUUGUUUCAUUCAUCGGAAAUAUGAUUAUGGUUAUUUGUUUCAUUCGAUUUGUCAAAAAACUUCGAUCUCCCUGUCAUUAUUUGAUCACUUUGACAUGUUUCACAGAUUUAUGUCAUUCGUGUGCUCAUUUCGUUUUUGCAUAUUAUUUAUUCACUGGAAGUAAUGUUUUGUUUUAAAAAAUAACAUUUUUCAAAAGAAAAAAACAAGAAAAAUUUUUUGUGUUCUCAAAAAUUACGAAACUUUCAGCAACUUGCUCUCAAAGCAAAUGUUACUUUUUAUUAAUUAUCCCAUCUUAUGGUUUGUUGAGCGGAAGUUGUUGGAUAUUUUCUCUUGGAAUUGAUCGUUUCAUUGCAUCUCUUAAUCCUGUUAUUUAUCGAAAAAUACAAUUCAGUCAGAAACUUUAUCUUUUCGCUCUUUCUGUUCUUCCUGUAACUUAUUCCAUAUUUUUCAUCAUUCUUGGAUACUAUGAAAGAGAUACAAAUCCUGACAAGUUAGUUUUUUGUUUGUACUAUAAAAAAAACGAUGCCGAGAGUGUCUUGAAAUUAGGCUGACAAAAAUGAGGCAUUCGGGUAUUUCUAUACACUAAUUUUAUUUUUACACGUUUGCAGAAAUGCCCGAAUACACUUACACUUUUACACUAUAUACAUUUUUACAAUAAUACACGAAUACACUAUUUUUGCUCCGGCUUGGAAAAAAGAAAAUAAAUGUCAAAAAUCUCAAUGUCGAAACAAAAGAAUGGUUUCCUAAAGUGAAUAAAAGAAUUUUAGAGUAAGAAAAGGGGUAUUUUUGGGUAAUAAAUAGUUUCAGAAAAUGAAAAAGGAAUAUAAAAGCCUGCUUAGAAAAUGAAUAAUUAACUUUCCUUGGCUUUUUGCUUAAAAUAACUCUGAGUUUUGGACUUGAACAGAACAAAAAACAUAGAAUUAUCAACUUCUCUACGAUGUUUAUGCUUUGGCUUUGCUAAUUCUCAGAUAAUUACUAUUUUUUCACUAUUUUUCAGUCUUUUUUGGCACUUUCAACAACUCUUUUCCAGAAAAAUAGUGUAAAAGUGUAAAGGUGUAAAAGUGUAGCCUUAUAAAUAAAAAUAGUGUAAACGGGCAUCAUUUCUAAAAACGUGUAGUGUAAAUGGGUAAGCCAUUUUUGAGCAUUUCUAAAAAUAGUGUAUUCGGGUAAUUUUUUGCCAGCCUACUUGAAAUUUGUAUUUUUCACGUGAGAAUACAAAAAUGGAUCAUUUGAUAUUUCUAGUUUUCUAUGAAAAUAUUUGACUCGAAAUAUUUCCAGCCAAAUAACUUGUUUCUUACCAUUGGCACUUCGAAAUCGAUCUUUUCAAUAUUUUACUUAUACUUCUUGGAUCAUCAAUAUUGCAAUUGUUAUCAUUUAUUUUUCAACAUAUUUUAUUUUGCGCAAAAAAACUUCGUCAAAAGCAUAUUUCAAAUCAAUCUUCACAACUGUUUUGUUUUUUCUUUCAAGUUGGGCAAUUACUUCUCUAACAAAUACGUUUUCAUAUUCCGAUCAACGUACAAAUAAUAUUACUCAAAUGUAUGCUGGAAUUUCAGUCAAUCUCGCAUUGGCUUGUAAUGUUUUCAUUUUCUAUUUCAUUAAGUAAGUUGCACAGUCUUAAGUUGUGAUGAAAUUAUAUUUAUAUUUUUUGAAGUUCGGAUUACCGUCAAUGUAUUCAAACUCUUCUUCGAAUGCAACAAAAACUUGUUCAACCAAAAACAGUUGAUGUUUCAAAUUCACUCAGAAGUGUUUAUUAA